CGAGGGACUCGAAUUUCAAGUGUCGCAUUGCUCCUUGUAUUAAAAGGUCACUUGAUAUAUAGUACAGCAUUUGAGUGACCAACCAACGGGGUUUUUAUCGUCAGCGCAUAAACGCUUGAAUCAAAAGGAUUCCCUCGUUCGGUCACGACUAAAUCUUGGUGAGUAAUGAUUCAAAAAUAGGCAGUUUUUCUCGUACUAUCCAUUAGCUAAGAUGUUAUGUUCCGCUUACCUGUGAAUUGAAGCCUAGCUACGCCAACGCGUUCACUAACGACAGCCAGUGACUGUUACAAUGCCCGCCAAAACCAUGUUACAUUCAAACACAGCCGUUUACAAGCAGUCCGCUUUCAAUGCUAUUUUGUUUUUUGCAAGGGGUUUUACGCCAAACUACUACCAAAGUGUUUUUGCCAAAGAAUACGUGUUGAAUUCAGCGAUUAACCAAGUGUAGAAAUUAUUUGAAAUUCAAAUUUUCUCUUAAAAAAACAAAAACAAAAAAAAUCAUAAAAUCUCGAUUGCGCGACAGAGCAAGGAAGUAUUCCACCACUGCAUGCUGCACGUUGCACGAGGCCAAACGACAAUUCCUUUAUAUUUUCAUUUUUCCAGUAUAUCUAAUCACAUUGUGCUGUCAGACAAUGGCGAGUGUUUCAGGUGUUUAUACCGUAGGUAGAGGAACGAAGAGGCGCGAAUCUCAUGCGUGUCGUGGAAGUCAUACUUAACAUUUUAAAAUUUUAAUGCGGAAUGGUCAGUAGACAGUGAAAUUGUUUAGUGAAGCGGUACUCCCUAUAAUGGGAUAAUGGGCCUUUUUAAAGAUACUCCGCCCUACAAGGGUUGUAAAGAGUUAUAGAAAAGAUUAAGAGUAAAGAAAACUGCUAUCGAUUGACUUCAUUCUGGAAAAUCGAAAGAAUAAUGCGGAAUAUCCUGUUCGAUUGACCUGCUUUUCUAAUUCCGGAAAAAACGGGGCAUAUUCUAAGCAUUCUUCUCCAGUUCUGCUUGGAUUAAAAUUAAAAAAACGGAAUAAUGACGUCAUUUUCCUUUUAUUACUACAACAUAUCAUAGAAAACUGCGGAGGUCGUCGGUGACAAUGAACGCAAAUGGGACGCUUUUCUACACGAGGCAAGCGAGAAUGCUGGGAGUAAGGGAAGUGCGUUCCAAGGAAAAAAAGCGGCAGGUUGCCUGAUUGAAAAAGUGUUUUUGAAUCUUUAAUAUGCCAUGAGGUAUUCGUUGCUGCGUUCCAAAGACGAGAACACUUGAUCGCGGCAGGAGCACCUCGCGAUCGUGAUCGCAGAUUGGUUAUCAUUUUCAGCAGUAAAACCAUUCUUGCUGACGUUGCAUUUUAACUUGCAUUAUCAGCAAGUUCGAAGUUAAGUUUCAGUGGUGGUCUGUUAAAGCUUAGUUUUUGUCGGCUUAUGCCUUUAAGAUGAACAAUGUGUUUUUUUUUUUAAGUGAGUCAGGCGAAACAAUAAUUGAGGCUGAGGCCUUGUAUUCAUUCCCAGGGUUCUCUCCUACUCGUCCCUACGGAGCACGAACUAGGAACAAGGUUGAGGUGAAUCCAUGGAACGAAAAUAAGAACAAAACUACGGUAUAUUGCAAGUCGAACCAUUAACCAUGAAAGUAGCUAUUAGAAAAGGCGUUUCCAUUUCCGUCCGCAGAUAUGUCUUGCAAAACUAUUUUUAGCAAGUUUAUUUACGUUUUUUUGUUUGGUUGUUUGUAAUAUUGGUUUUAUUUAGUUGACGAACUUUUAACCCUUUUAUAAGCUAAGUGCUCUUGGCUAAUGACCAGAUUCAUUUUAAUGAGCCUUGAGUUUAUUCAAGCGACGGAUUUUGCUACUACGAGAAAAGAAUGCUUAACGACCACUUAGAUGUUUUUGUUUUUUAAUCAAUUCAUUUUUCAAACAUAGACUGUCACUGAGGAUUUUGCAUGUCACGUCUUUUUAAUCAACCAGUUUUUAAACCUCCCCAAUGUUGUGAUUCACGUAUUUUUGAAAAUGGUGAAACGUGAAUCAACAUUGGGGAGGGCAUAACGUGACAGGUGUUUCAACAAAUGUGACGAGUAUUGUAGUAAUACACUCUUAAAAAUUUCCUUUCUCACCUUUCCUCUCUUUCAACUUAUUCUGACUUUAAUCAAAACUAUUUUUGGCCUGCAUAACAAAAGCAUGCAAACAUCAAAAUGUACCAAUCAGAGCUCGAAGCCUGUUGUCCGGAGUGGCAAGCGCGGGAAACGAGUGGGAACAAGUGACGAUCAGUUUCUUCUCAGACUCAUUAAUAAUUCAUAAAGAAAAUUCAAAGGAAAUUAAUGUUUAAUGAGUGUUUGGAUAUCAGAUGAAAAACUGUUCAUUUUUGCAUCCUUAAUUUCUCCUUCAAAAAUGAUUUUGUUUGAGAAGAAAUAUCAAACAUUCGACACAGUGUUUCAUCACCAGAUGAAACACCUCGAAGUUCGUCAAAAAUACUCCGCUGCGCGUCGUAUUUUCAACUCUCUUCUCGGUGUUUCAUCUGGUGAUGAAACACUGCGUCUCAUGUUUGAUAUAUUACGUUUUGCACCUGAUUGGUUAAGAAAAUGCGAGAGAUUUUUAACCAGUCAAGAGAGGUAGAAAUGCAAAACCAAAGAAUGGCCAAAUUACCAAACACUUAAUAAGGAAAGCUUUAAACGAUUUAACGUGCAUUUUUCGUUUCAGUUUCAGUCAUGAAGGUGUCUGUUUUGUGCUGCUGUGUUUUGCUUCUUGCCUCCCUCCACUCAUGCCAAUCCUACAAUCCGUUUGCCCAGUUUGGUGUCUACUGCAAUCGGGAAGCUUAUAGACAAGAGGUCACCAAGAAAGGCUGUGAUUCGAAGUACACCCAAGUAAAGGCCUGCCUUGGUACAUGCGCGUCAUACGCAAUUCCGCUGUCCCACCCGCCUUAUUUUAAACGAAAGUGUGAAUGUUGCAAGCCGUCCCUCACCAGUGUGAAAAUUGUAAGCCUGGAAAACUGCGACCCAGGGGUCUCCCCCUUAGUACAAGUGGAAUCAGCAGAAAAUUGCCAGUGCCACAGCUGUUCGUAACAACGGAUGAGAGCCACUGUUUUGUGAAAAUUUUGAGCGGUAGAUGAAACGUUAAUUACACGCUUGGAAGCUUGUAACUUGUUAGUAUCACGAUAUAUUUUGUGCUAGAAGCCCCUAACGCGACUGUUCCUAUACCUUGUAAGAAAAUUUUGUGUAAGAAUGUGAACCUUGUAUG